GAGAGGGAGAGGGGCAGGCUGGAGAGGGAGAGGGCGAGAGAAAGGGAGAGGAGGGAAACAUCGACUUUUGGGACCUUUGGGUAUGGCCGACCAGUUCCUCUGCGUUCAGACAGAGACUCUGUGUUUUUAGAGCCUGACCUAGACACAACACCCCUGUUGCUCCCCCAGCCCUCACCUUCACCCUCUCCAAGUGCUGCCCCCAGAAUGGGCACCGGUGCUGUGGGUAGGAAUAGAGCUGGGUCGAAGGUUGGCCCUGAAAAUGUAGGUGGGGGUAUGGUUUCUAAGUUUGACAAUGGGAGUGUGGGUUUGGUGUUAGUUGACAGUAAAUCUGGGUGUGGGCCAAGGUUAGUCUGUGAAAUUGGAACAGGAAACAUGUCAGAGGCUGAAAUCAGGGCUGGAAUACAAGAACACCAUAGAACUGAAAGUUGGAACAAGUAUGACAAUGGAUCAAGAGCUAGUGUUAAAAAUGGGUGUGAACCAAGAAGGGGCUCCCAGGUGAAAACAAGACCAGGGGGACGAGAUUUGGAAGGUAAAGUGCAAUCAGGGAUGGAGAUAGAAAAUAUGGCUCCAGCUGUGAACAAAGAGGGACACAGGGGAGGGUCAAGGAGUGGGGAGAAAGCUGGAAGGGCUGUGGCUAAACAUGAACGUAUUGCUGAAGCUACACCUUCAACUGUGACUGACACUGAGAACAGGAUGGUGCCUGGAGGUAAGCCUGAGAUUGGAACUGGAUCAAGUCUAGGGAUGAAGCCAGAGAUAGAGGCAGAGGUUGAGGCUAAAGCUAGUCCAAGGCAGGUGGAGAACAGGACUGUAACAGAAGCUGGAGGUGUAGUAAGAGUUAAUAAUGAGGUUCGUUCAGUAGCAGAGCCCAGGGUAGAAACUAGAGUUGAGACAGAAGUUAAGAUUUCUCCUACAUCUGAGCCUGAGGCAGUACUAGAAUCUGGGGUUAGAAAUGAGACAGAGACCAAGCUUGAUACUGUGUUUGGAGAUGUUAGUGAAAGCCAGAACAGCAACAAGACAACUGAUGAAGCUCAGAUUAGUAUUUUGGAUGGGACUAAAACUGAUACUCCAUUUGCAGAGGAGGCUGAGAAAAAGACUGUGGACGCUGAUAAAAUUGAAUCUAGCCAUGUAGAGAAAGUUUCCAGAUCACAGAAGUCCAAAUCAUCCAAGUCCAGCUCCAGGACUCGACCUGGUACAGCCACAGGGAUCCGACCAGGGGUGGCCAGCCCCCGAUUAAGCAAAGGGCUUGGGGACCUUGAGUCAACAGGCCCCACUGAGGGCAUCGAAUCCACCUGGCCUCGUCGACUUAUUGUCAGAAAAAGGACUGUUCGGCAAGGUGGAGCACUCCACAACCUCCCUAUUCUCCCCCCACUCCCCUCUGUCCUCUCAGCAUUAGAGAAGAGACGCCCGCUUGGCCUCCUCCACCAUCGUCCAGGCCACUUCUCAGAGAACCCGCUGACAAACUUAAUCAAUGCUACAAGUAUUGUAGGACGAUGCUCACUGAAAGAGCCCUCACAUCCAGAACCAGGAGCCAGUUUGGUGGUCAGGGCUUCCCUGAAGGAACAGAACUUGGAGCACUGGAGGGUCUGCAGAGAGCAGGAGGAACCGAGGAGAUCCAGGAGCAGGGAGAAACAAGGAGAGCAAAUUAAAGAGAAGACUGAGGGGGAGGAGAGAAUGGGGGAAGAGGAGAAGAGAGAAAAGGAAUGGAGGGAAGAGAAAGACAAAAGGGAGGAAAAAGUGUGUAAGGAGAAAGAGAGGAUUACUGGUAGUGAGGGGGCGGUGGAGGAAACCAAACGAGAAAAGUCAGAGAGAAGGGUUGAAGGGAAAGUGCAAGAGGACAGAAACAAAAAGGAAGAUAUGAAAAAGGAAAUUGCGGUACAAAUAAAAUGUGAACAGGUGGAAGUUAAAGAGAUGAAGAUUAGGGAUGGAAUACAGGAGCAGCAUGGACAGGAGCUGGAGGAGGUGGUGGCUAAAUUAAAGCCAGAAGAAGGUGAGGUGGAGGGAGGGGAAGGAGACACAUUUGGAGAGGAAGGAGGGAUGGAGAGUUGGGAUGCUGUCCUCGAGAUGGUCACUACAUUGUGGGAUGACGGCUGGGAGAAAGGGGGGGCUGGAGGUGGAGGUGAUACUGAUUCCUUCUCUGGCUCCUUGCAACGUUGGCCUCUUCUCCGGCCUCCAAUUGGCUUUGGGGGAUCCCACCCCCCCUCCUCAGCAGCCUCGGAGCUCAGCCUGACAGAGUUAGAAAGGAGAGCGAGGGAGCUGGACUCAGACCUGGAGCACCUAGACCUGUCUCAACCCCAUAGGGACACACAGGAUUUAUACCAAACACUGCUGGAGCCACAGAGAGAGAGAGCUGACAUGUACCAAACGCACCCUGGGCCACAGAGAGAGAAAGCUGCUCUCUUGACAGGAGUUGGGAGCAGAUCUCAGGUCAGUUUGGAGCUCAGCUCUAUGGCCUCACCAGCUACAGACACAGACAGAUCUCCUGUUGACUGGUCAGCCAAAUCUGCUGGGACUUCCACUGUGGGCCCAAGCUCCACUAAGGAGGACAGCUCUCCAGACUCUAACCUUACAUUGGAGUCAGACUCCAGUGGCAUCUUCCUCUCCUUAUCCAAUCAGAGCCAGGAAGAGGCUGGCUCUGACAGUGACCAGCCAAUCAGUGGCUCGGACUUAGGCAGCAGCAGCACAUCACUGGAGAAAGACGGGGAUGAUGGUGGGUUAAAGGAAUGGGGAAGGGAGGAGAGUACAGAACUACAGUGGUGCUACCCAUCUCUCCUCAACACCUCCCAGCAUGAAGACGUAGAGGGAGAUGGUGAAAGAGAGGAAGCAGGGAGUAGAGACCCAGGAGAACAUGAAGAGACAGAGAAAGAUGAGAAUGGAAGGAGAGUUGGUAAGAUGGUUUCAAUUAAGACCCCACUUGAUGAUACAGACAUUGAGGAUACCCCAAAAAGUGAAGACAUACCACCCAGGAAAAAAGUGACCCUCAUGGGAAGUGACUCUCCUCUUCCUCUGUCUCCCUCAAAGCAACCAAUCAAACACUUUCUAGAUCCUAAUCAGAAGCCAAUCAGAAGCUCAGGAUUGGACUGUGGCGACUUAGACCCUUUUGUCCAAUCGGACAGCUUUGUUUACCUUGCUGUAUCUGCAAGACCUGCCUCCCGGGGUGAAGUCACCACGGUGACAGAAUUUCCCACUCAUGAUACAAAACAAGACAGUGUACAGCAACAUUCAGAUGGCAUAAAAACACACUUGGACCAAUCAAAUCCAGAACGGGAUGCAAAGCCAACUCACCUUGUCCCACAAAAACCAGAGGAAGGAGACUUUCUUUGCACCGACAGCUUUGUCUACCUGGCUGCUCCAGCAUGCCUCCUAUUGGGCCCUGCAGGAACAACACACUACAGCGGCAGGGACUCAGACUCGGAGAGUUCAGGAUCUGGCCCUGUUGAUCUGUCAGUACUGGGUUGUGGCUCAGUGGCCGGGGACAGUGACUGGGACUCAGACCUGUCGGAUUCUGAUCCCAGUCGCUCCUCCAGAAUCUCUGCUGCUAGUAACAAAUCUGCCGGCAUAGCACGGCCGAAGCGGCUGCCUGCUGAAAUGGGCUGGGACUUGUUCGGAGAAACCACCGAACCUGAAGUGCUGAGUGAGCUCUUCCGGGAACAGGACAAAAAUAACAAUGGCAAAGCGAGGAAGGUUACCGGGGUUACCACCAGCAUGGCAGUGACACAAGCCAUUCCCAUGGCAACCCAGCCUGUCACUACACCAGUGAGGCAGACGUCAACAGUUGAGCAGUCGUCAACAACGAAGAAGGUGACGUGGCAGUUUAAACCAGCGCAGAGGUCAGUCUGCACAGGAAGCAGGAAGGAGAGAGAGAAGGAAGUGACAUCAUCGUCAUCGGUAAGGUUCACGGAACUGGGAGGCGGCGAGACCCAUAGACCCUCCCCUUCAUCUUCAUCGUCUUCAUCAUCGUCACCAUCGUCAUCCUCUUCUGGUUGAUUUGUGAAGGGUUGUGGAGCUUUCAUUGCCUGAAACUGAGUUGGUUGCAUAAAGGUAGAAAAGAUCUUCAGUUUAUUCCGUGGCUGAAACAACUACAGCGUUUUUUUGCCUGUAAAUUUUGAAUUUUGCAUCAAGCUGCUGCCAUUUCCUUCUUAUGACCACAUAAAAGACUAGUUAAUUAUUGCAUUUUUAUUUUAGAAUAGCCGACUGAAUAUUAUAUAUAAUCAGUUCAAGUGUUUGACACAGUGCGAGAUGACUCAGGCUAUACAGAACACUUCAGGGUGAGACGAUGUGGAAACAUGGCCACUGACUGAACACUUAGGUAGGGUGUGAACAGUGUCAUUCCUAAUGGGUUUUUAUCAAGUCAAAUUUUGAAACACAGGGUUGAUUUAUUACUUUGCACACUCACAUUAUGCUCUGUUUAAAUGAUAAGUAUGAAUAGUUCUGUGGGUUUUUUAUUCUAUUGAAUGUACUGUACAGGAUAUACAUAACUACAAUGAGAGUCCUUCCUAAAACUAAGAAUUUACAUAUCAGAUAUUCUCAACAGUAAUUUGGCUCGGUCACCUGUAUUUAAACAUUAUUACAAAGUAACACUUAAAAAUGAUUGCAGCUGGGGAAAAGAAUUUGAGUUGGUCUCCAGUAAUGUGUCUCAGGCCUUAUAUCAAAUUACACUUCCUUCCCCAUACAAUGCCUCACUUUAACGCCUACUCUUACUACUUCAUGUAUGUACUUUAAAAACAGACUUUUAAAAACUGUCAACUGUCAAUGUAUUUUAUAAUCACA